AUGAUUAAUAAAAUUUAAGAGAGUUACUUUUAGACACUUUUAGAAGAAGAGCCUUCUAUCUAAAAAGUCAAAUCUAUAUAAAUGUAGGUCAACAAAUAUAGAAUUUAAAGCAAAACUAAUAAAUUUGAAUCAGAAAGUUUUGAUAGUAGUAAGAGUGUUUUCAAUUCUGAUUAUGAUCCAAAGCCUAUCUUUGAAACAUAAUCUCGUUACAGCAUAGCUAAUUCAAUCUAUAAGAAAAAUAAGAUGAUGUAGAAAUUAUACAAUUCUCAAAAUGUCAAUUAAAAAUUAGCUUAACGACAAAGAAUUUAGUCUUUUCGAUUAGAUGAAGAUAUCUACAGUUUUGAAGAAGAAGAAAGUCUUCCUGAAAAUUUGAUGGAUGUCAAUCUCUACUUCAGAUAAGAUGCUAUUGUUUCUGUCUAAAAAAUUCUUUAAACCUAAAGAAAACUAUCAUGA